ACGAACCCUUGUUCCUGGAGUCAGACCCUAAUGUCCAUGGGGAGAACUGGCUAGAAAGGAGGAAACGGAUAAGAAGCCUGACAAAGAGGGGCAUACCAUGCUGAAACGGAAAAUUAGCCCUGUUGGAGAAGGAGAAGCCAUGGAUCCACCUAAGAAAAGUUAUACUCUGGACGUGGUGUCACAUACCUCUCUUGAAGCUUCUGCUGAGGCAAAGGGAGACGGUGCCCAGGUGGGGAUGGUGGAGUCUGAUCCGAAAGUCUACACACAGAACUGUGCUCCCAAACAGCUUAUGCCUGUGGCAGGAGAAGCCAUUCUCCCCAUGCAACAAGAUUCGCAGCCUGAAGACUCUCUUCAUCACAAGGAGGGUGGCCACGACACAGUUGUGGGGGGAAGUGUUAGCAGUGACUCCUCUGAAGGCACUGCCAAGGCUCCAGCAAUGUCUUCAUCAGAAGCUCAGCCCUAUGUGUCCUCACUGAGACCCAAUUUGUCCAAUUACGAAAUAAAAUGUGCCCUGAUGACAGAAAUCCGACGCUUUGGACGACAAUACGGAAGGCUUUUCAAGAUCCUUGAAGAAGUGCAAGGACCUCUGGAAGUCAGGAUACAGUUUGUUGAGUUCUCCAUCAAGGAGGCAGCAAGGUUUAAAAGACGCCAUUUAAUACAGUAUCUCGAGAAGAUACUGGAAAAAUUAAAGUCUGAAAGGUCUUUGAACAAUGAUGAGUGA